GCUGAUAGAAAGCAGCAGCUGAUCGAUGUGAUCACUGAGGACAGAUGGAGGACCGAGUCUCUGAACCCAAACUGGUUCUGGUCUUCAGCGGGAAACGGAAGUCCGGAAAAGAUUAUGUGACGGACCUGAUCCACAACCGUUUAGGAUCUGAUGCUUGCUGCGUCAUCCGCCUGUCUGGACCUCUCAAGCAGCAGUAUGCUAAGGAACACAAUCUGGACCUGGACCGGCUGUUGGGUCCUGGUCUUUAUAAGGAGCAGUAUCGGGCCGAUAUGAUUCGCUGGGGAGAAACUCGCCGCAGCCAGGACCCUGGGUUCUUCUGUCGCCUAGCAACCAGAGGAGCAAGGCAACCUGUCUGGAUGGUGAGUGAUGCGCGGCGGCUGUCAGACCUGCAGUGGUUCUGGUCAGAGUUUCCUCGACAGACUCAAACUGUCAGAGUUCAAAGUUCAGAAAAAACACGGCAACAGAGGGGGUGGAUCUUCACUGCAGGUAGGUUUACCUGUCUGUCUCUCUACCUCUGUCUCUCAGGUGAGGACGAUGCAGUCAGUGGUAGUUUACCUGUCUGUCUCUCUACCUCUGUCUCUCAGGUGAGGACGAUGCAGUCAGUGGUAGUUU